AUUUCUAUCCAUUGCAUAAGUCAAGUCAAGUCGAGCCCAGCUAACUGUUUGUCCUGGUUUGGGAAUGGCUUCCAGCUUACAGCCCCUUUUCCUACCGUCCAAGAAAUAUGUCGGCGUCAAGUCGGAAGUCAAAGAGGUGCCCUGCAUAUUUUGUGAUUGCAAGCCGUUCCUUAUUGAUAAAACUGGCAACUACCAAAAUGUUCUGAAGCAUCUUCUCGACGAGCACAAGUUUGUCAUCAGCAACUUCGCAGGAGUUGCCGAUCCUCCCAAAUACUUUGAUUACUGGAAGAAGCGGUUUCAGGGCUCAGAUUUUACAGACAUCUGUGCCGUGAUAAGAACGAACACAGGAGAAAAUGAUGUGGAGCUCAGCGAGCACUACUACCUUUUGUCCGAUAAGUUGCCCGAGGACGUUGCGAUCCGAAGACAGGUUAAGAAAACAAAACUGGAUGCAGUUUUGGCUCAGCAAGAGCUAGAAAGAGCUGAUGCAUUGUCCAAGAGGAUGUGCCUGUUUUGCAGGAAGUUUUGUACAGAGAACAGGGCUACUCUACUCAACCAUAUGGCAUAUGACCACAACUUCAGUGUUGGCAGGCCUGACAAUUUAGUGUACAUUGAUGAGCUCUUGGACAUCUUAGAAGACAAGCUGAAGAGGCUUCUCUGCCUCUACUGCGAGAAGACGUUUAAAGACUGGCAGACGCUCAAGGAACACAUGAGGAAGAAGCAGCACAAGCACAUCAACCCCAAAAACUCAGCUUAUGAUAAAUACUAUGUUGUCAACUAUGCAGAUACAGAAGUCAAUGAGGCUGCGGGAGAUGAGCACUUCACGGAUUUGAGAGACUCGGAUGCAGAAGAAGUAGAAUGGACGGAUUGGCAGGAAGACGAGGAAAGCAACUUGAUCUGUCUCGUCUGCACCGAGGCUAGGACAGACCUGCACUCUGUAAUUGAGCACAUGAAGGAAGCCCACAGGUUUGACUUUUCGAAAGUCACGAAAGGUCUUGGCUUCUACCAGCAGAUCAAAGUUAUAAAUUUUUUAAGAAAGCAGGUGUAUUUAAAUGCCUGCUUUGUGUGUGGGAGCAAGUUCCAGUCUCGUGCUGAGCUGCUGUCUCACCUGUCUAGUGGAGACCACGACAACAACAGCAUCGAGCAGUCUCGCUGGGAUCAGCCACAGUACUACUUCCCAACCUACGAGAACGACCAGCUGUUGUGCGCCCUGGAAGACGAAAACUGUGCAGUGUCAACGAUGGAUGACUACGUAGUCCCCGAGGACUUGGAGCCUCCGGACAGGCUCGUUCUUGAGGCCCUCAGAGAUCCAGAGCCUGGGAACGAAGCUGUAGCCGACAGGUGCCUCAUUACGUCCAUUGCCCAAUAGUUAUGCGCAUUCUUUAGUGAAGCAAAAAAAAAAAAAUAAAGAACACCUUAACACCAAUUAACCUGCGAUCUGUGGUGCCCAGCUUGCAGUAUAUCAAAUUAAAGUUUUGUUCCCCUA